AGGGAGUCUCCAUCCUUCUCCCCACAGAGUGGAAAACUGGAUAUGGAGCCGGAGAUUCAGGGCUGUUCCCAACCUGGGCAUCUUGGAAGUUGUGCUAUUCAAACGAUUCUCCACCUUAACCCUCAGUGAAGCCUCAUAGAUGGUGUUUCCCUGCGCGACUUCAUGGAACCGGUUGACUGAGGACCAUCUGAAGAACAGACAUGGCAGUGCCAAAUGUGGUGUUCUCUGACGUGGAAAGUUUCCUGGACUCGCAUCCCGAGCUGUUCGAGGACUACCUGAACAGAAAGGGGAAUUACAGCAUGGUGGAGAAAUGGCUCAAGAACCACCAGGCGAGCAAAAGUCCGGCGGCCGCAGCUGCCGCCGAGCCGAGAGAAGAGAAGGGCAACGCGUGCAAGGACAGCUGGGCCAGCAAGUGCGACGGUCUGCAGCGGAGAGCCUCGCAGAAGGAGCUGCGCAAAACUUUCGCCAGAUCAAAGGCCAUCAAUGUCAACAGGACAUACGACGAGCACGUCAACUCCCGGGCCCAGGAGCCGCUGACGAGCAUGAGGAGGCGAGCUCUGCUGAGGAAAGCCAGCUCGCUGCCCCCGACCACUGCGCACAUACUGAGCGCACUGCUGGAGUCCAGAGUCAACAUCCCCCAGUACCCGUCCACAGCCGUGGAUUUCAAAUACCACCUCAAAGAACACAACGAACGAGAGUUUUUCCUGGAGCUUGUAAAGGACAUAUCUAACGACUUGGAUCUCACGAGCCUCAGCUACAAAAUCCUCGUGUUCGUUUGCAUCAUGGUCGAUGCAGACCGGUGCUCCUUGUUUUUAGUGGAGGGAACGGGCAACAAGAAGACGCUCGUGUCCAAAUUCUUUGACGUGCACGCGGGGACCACGGUUUUACCCUCCAUGAAUUCGGACGAAGUUCAAGUUCCGUGGGGGAAAGGAAUCAUUGGAUACGUGGCGGAGCACGGGGAGACGGUGAACAUUCCUGACGCUUAUCAGGACCGUCGGUUCAGCGAUGAAAUCGACAAGCUGACAGGGUACAAAACCAAGUCGCUCUUGUGCAUGCCCAUUCGCAACAGCGACGGAGAGACCAUUGGAGUUGCUCAGGCCAUCAACAAGACUUCAAGCGGAGAACUCUUCACCGAGGACGACGAAAAGGUGCUGCAGAUGUACCUGCCAUUUUGUGGCAUUGCGAUCUCCAACGCUCAGCUCUUUGCCGCCUCAAGGAAGGAGUAUGACAGGAGUCGGGCACUCUUGGAGGUAGUCAAUGACCUAUUUGAAGAGCAGACUGACCUGGAGAAGAUUGUCAGGAAGAUCAUGCACCGUGCCCAGACAUUGCUUAAGUGCGAGCGCUGCUCUGUUCAAUUGCUGGAGGACAUUGAGUCACCGGUGGUGAAGUUCACCAAGUCGUUUGAGCUACUGUCCCCUAAGUGUAGUGCAGACACUGAAAGCAGUUUCAAAGACAGUAUGGAGAAGUCAUCUUACUCAGACUGGCUCAUCAACAACAGUAUUGCAGAGCUGGUAGCAUCCACAGGACUGCCUGUGAACAUUAGCGACGCCUAUCAGGAUCCUCGCUUUGAUGCUGAGGCCGACCAGUUCUCGGACUUCCACAUCCGCUCUGUGCUUUGUGUUCCUAUAUGGAACAGCAACCACCAAAUCAUUGGUGUCGCUCAAGUGCUGAACAGACUCGAUGGGAAACCAUUUGAUGACGCAGACCAGCGUCUCUUUGAGGCGUUUGUGAUCUUUUGUGGACUGGGCAUCAACAACACCAUCAUGUACGACCAGGUGAAGAAGUCUUGGGCCAAGCAAUCUGUGGCUUUGGAUGUUCUGUCUUACCAUGCUACUUGCUCCAAGACUGAAGUUGACAAAUUCAAGGCUGCUAACAUCCCCCUGGUUUGCGAGCUGGGCAUCGAUAAGCUGUCCUUUGACGAUUUCUCUCUGGAUGUUGACGCCAUGAUAACGGCUGCCCUGAGAAUGUUUAUGGAGUUGGGAAUGGUGCAGAAAUUCAAGAUUGACUAUGAGACACUGUGCAGAUGGCUGCUGACUGUCAGAAAAAACUACAGAAUGGUCCUCUACCACAACUGGAGACAUGCCUUUAAUGUCUGCCAGUGCAUGUUUGCCAUGCUAACGACAGCGGGCUUCCAGGAGACUCUGACGGAGGUCGAGAUCUUGGCGCUUAUUGUAGGUUGUGUGUGCCAUGACCUGGACCACAGGGGCACCAACAAUGCUUUUCAGGCGAAGACGGGCUCAGCCCUUGCUCUGCUUUAUGGGACCUCUGCUACACUGGAGCACCACCACUUCAACCAUGCUGUUAUGAUCCUGCAGAGUGAGGGUCACAAUAUCUUCUCCAACCUCUCGUCCACAGAGUACAGCGACCUCAUGCAGCUGUUGAAACAGUCGAUUCUGGCCACAGACCUCACACUUUACUUUGAGAACAGAAACACCUUCUUUGAACUGGUCAGCAAAGGAGAGUACAACUGGAACGUGAAGGCUCAUAGAGACAUGUGCAGAUCCAUGAUGAUGACAGCGUGUGAUCUUGGUGCUGUCACUAAACCUUGGGAAAUAUCACGCAAGGUGGCAGAGUUGGUGACCAGCGAGUUCUUCGAGCAGGGCGACAGAGAGAGAUCGGAGCUGAAGCUCACACCCUCUGCCAUCUUUGAUCGAAACAGGAAGGAUGAGUUGCCAGGGCUUCAGCUGGAGUGGAUUGAUGGAAUUUGUGCGCCGCUGUACGAGACUCUGGUCCAAUUGAAUCCCAAACUUGAGUCGAUGCUUGACAUGAUCAAAGCUAACAGGGCCAAAUGGGAGGAACUGAACAAGAAGCGACAACGGGGCCAGAGUGUUUCCGCACCUGCGAGCCCAUGCAGUGGCGACAGCACAGAAGCCGGUGGCUGCACUGUUGCCAAAACUGGCAGCACACCCUGCUGUAGCGGCGAUGCGGAUGGCACAACAUCUAAACCUGUCAGUUAGCUUCUGCUGCCGACUCCCAGCUGAUCUCUUAGGCUUAUUUAAUUUUAAAUGCAGCCUGCAACAGAGGCAGUGCGGUGCACGCAGAGGUUACUGGGCUCUGCUCCUCUUCGCUUUUGCUACUAGAGAUGAGCUUUAGACUUGAGUGCGGCGAUGUCGUAGAGGUUUUUCUGCUCCCUUCAGUCUUCCUGUGCUGAGGGCUGACAGAGCUGUGUUUGGCAAGCUCGUCGGAGCUGCUACAAAUCAGCUGAUGACACCAUGUCAGAAAGGCAACUCAACCCACUGUGUCAACAUGUCAACCAGUGAGCUAACACUAUCUAUUCUGGGCAUUGCACAAAUUUUCGGCACAACGAGGCAUGAAGAAUACUGGUGAGGAAUGUUUGCCUCUGUUGUGGAUGGUUUUGCUCUCGGUACCUCCUCGUUGCUCACAUUUUGUCUGGGGUAACAGAGAUAUUUUUUUGUAAAUUUGUACAUAGGCUAUUGAGUUAUUUACAAGUGCUGUUUAAAAAACCGUAAGCUCUGGAUUGUAAUGUGUCUGUCUGUAGAGUUUUUGAAGGAUAAAGGGAUGCAGGAACAGUAGGACCUGUGACAGUGCUUGCAAUGCAAAUUGAGUGCUUCGCUCCCUCCCUUCCUGUGCCUUGUUUUAAGAUCCAAAUGGAAAAUGCAUGGCCUCCUCAUCGAGAUUCUUAGGUAGUAUGGAAAUCCAUGUUGAACCAUGACGUAUUUUUGCCAUAAUUUGUAAAACCAAUGACUGCAGUUUUGUCUUGACCCCAUGUUAGCCACAACGUAUUUACAUUAUAUACAUAUGGAAAUCUAUUUUGCCCAAUUUUAUAAAUGCAGGGUCUCACUUUUCAAACACACAAACACACACACAAUGUGCCUUGAUGAAGUUGUUCUGGUAUCCCAUUGUUUUCUGCAGAAAAAGUCCUUUCAUCUACGGAUUUAACACUUACAGCUCAAACAUAAAGCAAUGUAAUUUAACUCCUCACUAAACUACAUUUAAAGGAAUAGCUCAAAGUUUUUGGAAAUACACUUAUUUGCUUUCUGUCUGAGAGUCAGAUAAAAUCAAUCCCACUCUAAUUAGAUGUUAAUGUUAGGUACAUGUGAAGCUACAGCCAGGCGCCCGUUAGCUUAGCUUGGCAUAAAGACUGGGAACGGAAAAACAGCUAACCCAGCUCUGUCCAAAGAAAAUAAAAUCUGCCCACCAGCAAGACUGAAGCUGAUUAAUUAACACUUUAUCUGGUUCCGUUUUCAUCCAUACAAAAUUGAAGUGUACAAACAGCUAUUCACUGUUUUACAUGGGGUUAUGUGUUGGACAAAUUAUUGGCCAGGACCAUUCAUUUCUUUCAGUGUCCGCUGGUUGCCUUUAGACAAGAAAUAGGGCAACCCUUAUAAACAGUAAAUAGCCUUUUUAGAAUUCAGAUUUUGUACAUUUUAAACAAACGAGAUCCAGUGUGUUAACUAGCGAGCUUUAGAGGUGUUGGUUGGCAGAUUUUUUUUUUUACGUUGGACAGAGCCAGGCUAGUUUAACAGACUGUUAGCCAGCCAUAGCUCUAUUUAAGGGACAGAUACAGUAUGAGACUGAUAUCUUCUCAUCUUACUUUCCCCCCAGAAAGCAAAUAAGUGCUUUUCUUAAAAUGUCAAACUUUUGCUUUAAUUUAAUUUUUGGCCUUUUUUCAAAGCUCACAAAUGCUACUUAAACAGCUUGUAUAUUCUCCAGAAGACUGAGACAUGCAGACUUGUAGUACUUGUAGUACUUAAGUGCCCAUGUAGUCACAAGCUAUUAUUUUCAUUUUAUUACAAGUUUUUUUUAAUAUAUGAGUUGUAUUUUAGCUUUAAUUGGAGUUUAAAACGUGACUGUGUGCAUUGUGUGGCAUGGAUCUGUGUGCUCUACUGUAUUUUAGUUGAAGAACUGAAUUGAAGUCAAGCAGAAGAAUUUUUAAUUGCAUGUUUUAUGCAGUAUUAAAUUCAACCACUUGCUAAGGAUGUAGCAAACGUGAGCCAACAAAUACCUCGUAUUUUGAACUUCAUCAGUAAACACAUUAUCUCAUGGGAAAUGCAUGACUUAAAUUCUAUUGCAUCAUGUUACGUGAAUUAUGAAUAUCGAUGUUCUAUUUUUCUAUUAGAUCUCCAGUUGUGGCCAACUUCUACUUGUCUUUUUUGCAGUGUAACAUGCUUCUUGUAUUUCUUCUGUCCUCUCCCAGUUUGGGCUCUGGAUUUAUUUACAGUGGGCUAAACUGAAAGAAACCUACGGCAUGAAAAGGCAAAUGUACAAUUUUCUGUUCAGAGUUUAA